AUGCCUCCUCAAAUCAGCGAUGACGAGCGUUCGGUUUCCGAUGCUAGUGAACAAGAAUUUGAAAAACCAGUAAAGGGAAAGGGCAAGAAAGAAGAGUCAGAGCCUGCAGAGGAGUUAAAGGUUGAGUCGGAUGAAGAAGGCGAUGAGGAGCAAGCAGAAGAUGAAUAUGUCGUUGAAAAGAUUCUGAAGCAUUCUUUUGACGAGGAAGGCGUAUUGAGGUUCCAGGUUAAGUGGGAAGGUUAUGAAAAGAAGUCAGAUAUGACGUGGGAGCCGGAAGAGAAUUUGGAAACUGCGCAAGACAUUCUGAACGCAUACCUCGAGACUGUAGGUGGUAAAGAACAACUCAUCGAACAAUACAAUGAGAAGAGAGCAGAGGCAGCUGAAGCAGCGGAAAAGAAGCAAUCAAAGAAGCGUGGUCGCCCAAGUACUGGUGUUAGUACUCCUCAAUCCAACGGGAAGAGGUCAAGAAAGAAUGGUCACCCCGCCUCUUCGACACCACCUGCAUCCCGAGAAGCAACUUCAUUCAAACCACCAACAGGAAGUUGGGAGGAUGAUGUUGUCACAAUUGAAGCUAUGGAAGGACCUAAUGCGGAAGUUAUUGUAUACUUGACAUGGAAGGGUGGAGCCAAGUCACAACACCCAUUACACCAAGUUUACAAACGUUGCCCACAGAAGAUGCUCAGUUUCUAUGAAAGACAUUUGGUUUUCAAAAAGACUGAAGAAGAAUCAUAA